GCCCCGCGAAUAUUUACCUAAAGUGUUUGGCUUGAUUGUGUUGUAUAUGUUUGCGUGAAGGUGUUGACAGACGUGUUUAGGAUUUUUGGUUGAUUUAGAACAGUUUUAUUAUGUUCACAAAUAAGUGAAAGUGCGAUGAAAUUAAUAUUUGCUGCUGCAACCUGUUUAGGAGAGUGAAUAGUCCACAGUGUGUGCGACUCACAGGAUAAAACCCUUAAUCCUGCUUGCCAUCCGUUGCUGAUAUCUUUACUUUGCGUAUUUUUAGUAUUUUUUGUUCGAAACAGAAUUGUAAUCGAUGGAGAACUUUAUCGGAAUAUUAUCUCCUAAAUUAUCGGCGGAACUUAUUGCAAAGCGGGCAGCUCACGUAUCAAUUGUAGAUGAUGGUAUAAAACUCUUGUCAGAGGAAGUGUUUCGGGCUCUGAAGUGUGGGAAGCUUGCUAUUCAAAAUUUCUCACAGAAUGAGUUGCACCCUAGUUCUGAUAAUGAAUCAGCUGUACCUUGGUUGUUUCUUGUGGAUACUUUAAAUUUUUCCUUUUGGUAUCCAGAGGGCUGUGCCAAGAAAUGGGAAGUAACUUGGCGAGGAAAAACAUACACAGGAUAUUUUGCCCUUUGUGCGGCUGUAAACAGAGCAAUUUCGGAAGGAGUGCCCAUGACUGAUGCAAAAUUUUGUUCCAAUGUGACCCUGGAUCAACUACGGCACAUACUUCGUGGUGAUAAGGAAACUGAUGUCCCAUUGCUACAUGCAAGAGUAGAUUGCUUAAGAGAAGUGGGGAAUGUACUUAUGGACAAGUAUCAGGGGUCAUUUGUGAAUUGUUUAAAAGAAAGCCAAAACUCUGCUCAGAAAUUGCUUCAGCUUGUGGUCGACAAUUUUCCCUGUUUCAGAGAUGAGGCAGAAUUUGAAGGUUAUGCAGUAUCAUUUUACAAGAGAGCGCAAAUCCUCAUAGGUGAUAUAUGGGCCUGCUUCAAGGGAGAAGGUCUAGGUUAUUUCAAAGACAUUGAUUUCCUUUCAAUGUUUGCAGAUUACAGGGUCCCACAGGUUUUGGUCCAUUUUGGAGCAAUGAAAUAUACUGAUGAACUCAUGGAGCUGUUAAAAUCUGGUCACAUACUAGCAAACGGUAGCCGAGAAGAAGUUGAAAUUCGAGGAGUUUCGAUUGAAGUGGUUGAGCGUGUUUGCAAACAAGUGAGGCAACUUCUGCAAGAGUACAAUAUCAACAAUGUUACAGUUAACUCAGUUCUUAUUGACCAUUACCUAUGGGACUACCGGCGAGAACAUGCAGAUUCUCUCGAAUAUAUUCCCUUUCACAAAGUGCGCUGUAUUUAUUACUGAACAUCAAGCGUGGAGUAAAAUUAAUUUUUGUUGCAUGUCAGCAGAUAAUCUGAAAAUAGCUUGAAUGAAGACUGUGAAGUUCAUAAA